UGCAGUGACGCGCAAGCGGUCGCCUUGUUUACACACACAGCUGGGAAGACUUUCUGUCAGGGCUCAGGUGAUCUUGUUAUUAUUUAAUGUGUUGAUUAUUGUUAUUAUUAUUUGUAGUCAUGUCUCGAAGCGCCAUGGCUGUGGAGAGCUGCUGCUGGGGGCUGUCUCUGGUCUCGGUGCUGUUGUUAGCCCCGUCGCUGCGGUCAAACCCGGGGGUGUCCGGGGAGAGAGUUGCGCUGGUGGAGGUGUUCCUGCGGGACCUGCCCGGCACGCCCCGACCCGGGUACCGGCUGCAGGGGGCGGUGCUGGAAAAGACCCCCGCCGCCAGCGACAGCAAGGGACUCGAACAAAACCAGCAACUCGCCGAAGGGAGUCUGAUUCUUGUGGAGGAUGAGGAGCAGGAGCAGGACUCCCCAGUAAAGAGAGAGGCAGCAGAGCCCUGGAUCGGACUGGUCCCUGUGGAAGUGGAGCAGGCAGAGGCACAGAGAGGCAGCCAGGAGACAUUUGCAGCUGCUGUUGUCAGCAAGAUGAAGCGAGCCCUUGUCUUGGGAGCUUCUGCCCUGCUCAUCCUGGCUCUGAACCAGAACACCAUCAGAGAGAUGGACCUCUCCCAGGUGCUCUCCAAGCCAGUAGUUGUGAUUCAGACGUCAGAAAAUGUCACUAAACUUAUCGGCGCCCUCUUGAGAGGUCUUCGAGCAACUGCAAAAAUCACCUAUAAAUCCAUCCUCCAAGAUAAUCUGGGGGCAACGCUGACCCUGUGGUCGAGCUGCGGCCGGUCCCGGAGCGGGCUGUACGGGGAGUGGCAGGGCGUGAUCUGCACUGGAGAGACCAACUCACAGGUCCAGAAAUACCUCCAGCAGCUCUGGAACACUAUCCUAUUGGUAGCUCUGAUCUUGUGCACUGGGGUUGUAGUUCAGGCUCGCUGGCAGUACAGGCAUUAUCAAUCAAAUGAAGAUAUGGAGUUACACCCAAAACAUGACAUUGUGAAGCAUCUGGCUGCUCUGAAAACCAGACAGUAUCACCCGCUGGGUGCGCAGGAGCAGGGAGGAGAGACGGAGAACUGUGCCGUGUGUCUGGAGCAGUUUCACAAAAAACAGUGUCUACGGGUGCUGCCCUGUCUUCAUGAGUUCCACAGAGACUGUGUCGAUCCCUGGCUCCUCCUGCAGCAGACCUGCCCACUCUGCAAGCGAAGCAUACUGGGCAAUUACUCCACAGCCAGCUGAAUUCAGCUCCAUUCAGGCUGCAAAUGAAGUUGGGAUCAAGUAACUCGUCUCACCGGCUGUCUCUCUCCGUGCGUCUCUGGGACCAGCACCUGCUUCCGAGGGCUUCUGUGUGAGGAGGGACCCACUCCUCUCACUUGGAUUCUAACAGUGCCAGGCAGCAGCCCUCUGUUGCUCCUAUUGACAGUGUAAAAGGCAACAGCCUUUGUUUGAUUUUGUUAACAAGCGCUAACAAUGAAGACUUCUGAGGGCUCUUUAGAGCAGCCCUCUAAAGUUGCCUUCUGUCAGCUUCUGCAAGAGAGACAAGCCCAUCUCUCACAUGCAUUUAGGUACACUGCCCACCACCACCAAUUACUGGGACAGAAUGACUGUGUGAGACAUAUAGAUUUUUUUUUUGGUACCCCUAAAAUGUGACUACAAUAAGAAAGGUACAAUAUUUUGAUACAAUUAAUACAAUCAGCACUGAUUUCAGAAACGCUUUUUGGGGGUAAAGUGAAGAGCAAAUAUCCCGCCCAAUAAUAUUUAGGCUACCACUGCAUGUGUGGGAGGGAUUGCUUAUUAAAAUCUGUUGCAUGUGAUUAGAGAUUAUUCAGGGAUAUUUAGUAAUGCAAAAACAGGCCCCAGGUGACCGAAUCGUUGAAUAGUGUAAUAGUGUAAGGUUUGAAAUGUUCUUAUUAGAACAAAGUCUUUUUAGAAAACUCGUUUGUGUUACCCAACUUUGUCAAUAGAGAAGCGCGCAAUAACUAAUGUUAUUACUAAGAGUAAUGGCAGAAAUAUUAGACCAGUGAUGGUCAUUGUGUUUUUUACAUAGCAUCAAGCAGUGUUUAACACAAAUAGACAAAAUUCAACACACAUUUUUGUACCAUUCAAUUAACACUCUUUGAAAUGAAGCAAUAUGGCACAACCGGGCGAGAGUCAUUGUGGGAUAUUGCUACAUCUCGAGGACUGUUGUGAGGCACCAGGUGAAGCCAAUUUUGAGAUUACUGAGGUCAUUGGAAACUGACAACUAAAAAUAGGUUUAAAUAGAACCUUGAUGAUGUCCUGACAAGUUGCCAUGGCUAUGUCACAUAGCCCAUUGAAAUCAGUAGGAGGAGGAUCCCUGCCAUUGUGUAAUGUAUAUUUUAUUACAGACAGAUUUGAAACUUGUGUUCUCUUUAAAUUCUAUUUUGAUUGAUUAAGAAAAAAGUUUGUAUGCAGAGAUCUGAUAAUAGCCAGGAAGUUUUGUGAAUAUAGAAUCUGUUAUCAGAGAUUUGUACACCUUUAUUUAAAUGCAAACUUGUACACCUAAAUGAACACACAGAACCACCUUAUGGUGUAUUAACACUGCUUGAUGUUACCAUGUAAAUAGCUCCUAUGUGACCCUGCCACAGGAUAUUGCCAGUCCCAGGCUGAAUUCAGUGUCCCUGCACUAAACAUGUCAAUAUGAUGUGAAUUUAUCUUUAUAUGUAAAAAAAAUGGAGGUAAAGUUACUAUGUAAAAUAACAAGAAGUCAUCCUUCCAGUAUAUCCUAA